UUUUGUUUAUCCUUAUCAACGCGAUGUAUGCCCUCGGAAUGUAUAUAAAGUGAUCGAUACAGUUUCUGUGAAUCACAGUAUUGUGAAUCUUCUUAGCAAUAUGUUCACUCUGAGUGCUUCAUUUGUGCUCUGUCUUGCAGUCGCCGCAUUUGGCUUCCCUGAAGGCCAAAUUGUCGGUGGCAAAGACGCACCAGUUGGCAAGUUUCCCCACCAAGUGUCUCUGAGACAGAGCGGAAGCCACUUUUGUGGUGGCUCCAUCAUCGACUCACGUCACAUUCUCACCGCAGCUCACUGUGUCCAAGGACUAAACAACUUGAAAAGUAUUACCGUCCACGCUGGAACGAAUCAACUGAACACAAAUGGACAGUCUUACGGAGUGGAAAAGGCCGUUGCGCAUAAGGGUUUCAGCUCGAACACUCUUCUUAACGAUAUAGCUAUAAUUCGCGUGAACCAAAAUAUCGCGUUCAACAACUUGGUGAAAUCAAUCAAAUUGGCAACCGGUAGCAACACUUAUGAAGGAUCAAACUGCAUUUUGUCCGGCUGGGGAACUACCAAACUCGGAGGAAGACCACCAAACAACUUGCAAUACAUCAACUUGCUCGUCGAGAGCCAAUCAAAAUGCAAGCAAGCCCACUGGAGAGUUCAAAGUUCCCACAUCUGCACAUACACCAAAGUUGGAGAAGGUGCAUGCCACGGUGACUCCGGCGGUCCACUCAUCCACGAUGAUGUACAAAUCGGUGUCGUUUCCUUUGGACAACCUUGUGCCGUUGGCAAACCUGAUGUAUACACGAGAGUGUCAUCCUUCAUACCCUGGAUUAAUUCUCAGAAAUCUUAUCUUAUGAACGAAACUGAAGAACAACCGGAAGACGCCAUCUACAUUGCUUAAAUUUACCCGUUUCUAAUAUUUCCACAAUAAAUUCUGAAUUUUUAUAUUUUGAUGAUGGAGUAUUCAGUUUUGAAAGGUAUAUGAACUUGAAUGUAAUCGUCACUUUUGUAUACAGCAAAAAAUGAAAAUCAUCAUUUUGCAAUAAAGCAUGUACGCGUUAA